ACACACCCGGCAGUGCGUCCCGUGCGUAAAGGUCCAGCACUGCGGCUCUCGCACAAGCAGCUCCUUUAAGCAGCUGCAGUGACUCAAACUCAGCACGCCCUGCAGGGAUUAACGUGGAUCCAGCGCAUUUUCAGGAAAGGGUCACGAUGGCUGUGGAAUGCCCCCAACUGGACCCGGAUUUAAUGCGGGAGGUUCUUGAAUGUCCCAUCUGCCUGGAGACGUAUAACCAGGACCAACUGAGGCCCAAACUCCUGCAGUGUGGACAUACAGUCUGCCGGCAAUGUCUAGAGAAACUACUAGCAAAUACCAUCAAUGGUGUUCGCUGUCCAUUUUGCAGUAAAGUGUCCAGAAUGAGCAGCAUUUCCCAGUUGGCUGACAAUCUUACAGUGCUGAAAAUUUUGGAUUGUACUACCUCAUGUAGUGCUGCUGCUGCCGCUCUGAUGUGCAAGUCUUGCUGCACUCGUCUACCACGACAGUACUGUCAUGAGUGUGCAGUUGUCCUCUGUGAGCUGUGCAAAGCAGACGGUCACAUGCUUCAAGGCCAUAAUGUCCAACCAAUCAGAGUAGCUGCUGAGCAGCGGCGCAAAGAACUUGGUGCCAAACUUGAAUCUCUGCGAGAUGUCAUGGGUGAAAUCCAAAAGAAGAAAACAGUCAUUGAAAAUAUCUCCAAAACAUUGAGGUGUAAAUACCGAGCGGUUCAGCAGGACUAUGCCACGGCCGAGCUCCGCCUUCAAGAGGAGCUCGGUCGAUCUCGAAGGACUUUCACAGCCACAAUGUCAGAACUGGAAAAGACCAAUGGGCAGGUCCUUGAGGAGCAGACCUACUUACUUAAUAUUGCAGAAGUUAAAGUUGUGUCACGCUGUGACUAUCUGACAAUGCGGGUGAGGCAGAGUGAUACUGCUCUGCUAAAGGAAGAUGGCGGCAGCAGUGAUGAGGAUGAAGAACUGGAUAUUAAAAGUAGUUUACCCACUACAUUUAAUUUACAAGAGCCAGAGUUAGUUGUAAUAGAGCAGUCAAAAACCUUAGAAGUAGGAAAGUUAACGGCAAAAGCUUAUACUGUUAGCACAGCAGAUGAAGAAAGCACUUUAGACACGGCUUUAGAAGGCGCUGAGGGAGCGAUGGGGCCUUCAUUAGAUUUAUACAGAGAUGUGGAUAUGUCUGCAAGUGUAGACGAGGCUAUUUGUGGCUCACCUGCACAUUUUAAGUCCAAGUCUUUGGAUGCAGCAGAACCACCUGGAGGGACCAACAGCGAACUACCAGCCUGCCAGUUUGUGAAGAGGAUGGGCUGCAAGGGAACACUGCCUGGCCUGUUUAAUUUACCUGUGAGCAUUUGUGUAACACCACAAGGGGAAGUGUUGGUGGCUGACCGUGGCAACUACCGCAUUCAGAUUUUUAACCGCAAAGGAUUUCAGCGGGAAAUCCGACGCAAUGCCAGUAGUAUUGACAAUUUUGUUUUGAGCUUUUUAGGUGCGGACCUUCCUAAUCUCAUUCCGUUAUCCAUCGCUGUUACACCACAAGGACUCAUUGGGGUCACUGAUAAUUAUGACAACUCAGUGAAAGUCUAUACUAUGGACGGACAGUGUGUGGCUUGCCACAAGAACCAGCUGAUCAAACCCUGGGGCAUUGCUGCCAUGCCAACGGGGCAGUUUGUGGUGUCGGAUGUGGAAGGAGGCAAGCUGUGGUGCCUGGCAGUGGACCGGAACAUUGGUGUAGUCAGCUAUACUCGCUUGUGCUCUGCUGUACGCCCAAAGUUUGUGACGUGUGAUCCAAGUGGAACCGUUUACUUCACCCAGGGCUUGGCUCUGAAUUUUGAGAAACGCCACAAUGAGCCUCACCUGGAGGGGGGUUUCUCCAUCGGGUCAGUGGGUUCGGACGGCCAGCUUGGCAAGCAGCUCAGUCACUUUUUUUCUGAGAACGAGGACUUCCGCUGCAUCACUGGAAUGUGUGUGGAUAACAACGGCGACUUGUUGGUGACAGACAGUGGUCGAAAAGAAAUUCUUCAGUUUCCCAAAGAAGGUGGCUACAAAAUCCUCAUCCAGGAAGGACUAACCUGUCCCGUCGGAGUGGCCACUACUCAAAAAGGACAGCUGCUGGUUCUGGACUGUUGGGAUCACUGUGUCAAAGUGUACACAUACAUCCAGAGAAGGCACUCCUCCACCUCAUAGAAGCAUACAUCCACCCCAUAGACCGGUACAUCCACAUACAUCCAGAGAAGGCAUACAUCCACCUCAUAGACACAUAUAUACAUCCACCUCAUAGACACAUAUAUACAUCCACCUCAUAGACACAUAUAUACAUCCACCUCAUAGACACAUAUAUACAUCCACCUCAUAGACACAUCCCCCUCACAGAGUUUUAGUGGUUACUAUGACAGGGUAUAACAGGUGCAUUUGAAGUGUGUUGGCCAUAGUUUACACUGUUCUCAUUAAAUCUUUCUAUUCUAUUUUAGUGUAUGUGUGUUUACAGCAAAAAGAGCUACAACUUAACACAUCACAGCUAAAAGAGCUAAAAGAGCUAUUCAGGUGAAAGCUAAACAAGGCGUCAUGUGAUUCUCUGUCAUUCCUGGCUGGUUAUGCCUCGUUCCAGAUGUAUGUGUUUAUCGCUGAAUUAGAUUGGCUCUGUUUAAAAUACAUGGCAGACUGAGACGAACAUGUAUUUAUUUACUAUUUAUCAUGGCCUGUGAUGCACUUUAUUAUGGACAUAUCAUAAAAAGUGUCCUACCCAGAUGAGUAAAUAUCAAAAUGUUAACUGGAAUAAUGACGUAGGCUCGUGCGUCUUGUAGCCAUAUUAAAAUGUCUUGAGUACACGUACAACAGAUCAAAUAUUGCUUCUGUCUGAAGUUGAUGUUUGUUUUUGAAACAGCUGCACGAUUUGCAGACUUUUGGCUUUCACACAAAACAUGAAGUGUUCACCAGUUUGAGUAGCAACACUUACCUAAGCUGCUGAAGCUAUUUUAUUGAUUUUUUUCUUUCUUUAGUUUAUUGUUCGUUUAUCGUCUUGUGGGGCAUUUGAGUCUGACACUGACCUGCCAAACUUUAUUUUGCAACUUUAGGCUCAGAAAAGAAUCCCUCAGGUUUCACUUGACUUCCACAGUAUAUCACAAAACCACACACACAGAGUAUACCGCACACCCACACUACACCGCACAACCACAGUACACCACACCCCCGCAGGUUACCACACACACUCACACACACACACGCACUGGGGUUUGUUGCUGUUGGCAUUGAGCAACACUAAUAUUUAUGUUGGCUCUUGUUGAGUAUUUAUUAAAACUAAAUGAUAAACUUGGGAUAAGAGUUAGAUUCAUGUUUGCUCUCAUAUCUGUUAACUUAAUAAACUUACCCAAUAAAAUGUGUUUCACUACCAACUGUUAUUAUCUGAUGUAUCGACUUAACCGGAUUUUUGUUCCUACAAAUGGUUUUCACUAAUGACCUUAACCUUUAUGUUCUACCCUGAGCCUUUUCUUUGUUAUUUGAAAACUGUAAAAAGACGUUGCCCACGACUGUCCUCCUCUUUAGAGCUGCGUACAAAGCUACACAUAAUAAAGUGUCCUUUUGUCUGUUUAACACAUUGAGUCUCGUUUCAUGACCUGGAGAAACUCCAGACGUCUCUGAACUGUUCAAAUGUAUCGAUGCAACACAUCUCCAAACCAAACCGUCAUUCAGCUGUUACGUCUGAUACUUCUGUGAGUUUAAAACUGUCACAACUUUAUGUGUUAUUGUCAGAUAAUCCGAGUGCAAUAAAUACAUUACAACAUGAGAGCACUUUAUUUAUUCAGUGUCUUAAAACUAAUAGAUGUGUUAAUGAAAAUAAACUGGUGUGUUAAUGU